ACGAGAAUUGAAAGAUAUUGCAGCUCUUGCUCAGAGACAGAGAGAGAAAGAGAAUCUCCAGUUCUCCUCUUCUGUUACUGUCUGCUAUACCAUGGGAUGUAGGCAAAGCUCUGAGGAGAAAGAGGCAGCGCGGCGGUCCCGGAGGAUUGACCGCCACCUGCGCUCUGAGAGUCAGCGACAACGACGUGAGAUCAAGCUCCUACUCCUGGGUACAAGCAACUCUGGCAAGAGUACUAUUGUCAAGCAAAUGAAAAUCAUUCACAGUGGUGGCUUUAACUUGGAGGCUUGCAAGGAAUACAAACCUCUGAUUAUCUAUAAUGCCAUUGACUCCCUCACACGCAUCAUUCGUGCUCUAGCCACCCUUAAGAUAGAGUUCCACAAUCCUGACAGGGCCUAUGAUGCCGUGCAGCUUUUUGCCCUGACUGGCCCAGCUGAAAGCAAAGGAGAGAUUACUCCUGAGCUUCUGGGAGUCAUGAAGCGGCUCUGGGCAGACCCCGGUGUGCAGGAGUGCUUCUGCCGAUCUAAUGAAUACCACCUAGAGGAUAAUGCUGCAUACUAUUUGAAUGACCUAGAAAGGAUUGCGGCACUGGACUACAUCCCUACAGUUGAAGAUAUUCUGCGUUCUCGGGACAUGACCACAGGGAUUGUGGAAAAUAAAUUUACCUUCAAAGAGCUAACUUUCAAAAUGGUGGAUGUGGGUGGACAGAGGUCUGAGCGCAAAAAAUGGAUCCAUUGCUUUGAAGGGGUUACAGCAAUAAUUUUUUGCGUGGAGCUGAGUGGAUAUGACUUGAAGCUGUAUGAGGAUAACCAGACAAGUCGAAUGGCAGAGAGUCUGCGUCUCUUUGACUCCAUUUGCAACAACAACUGGUUUAUCAACACUUCCCUCAUCCUCUUUCUGAAUAAGAAAGAUCUUCUGGCAGAAAAAAUCCGGCGCAUCCCGCUAACCGUCUGCUUUCCUGAGUACAAGGGCCAAAACACUUACGAGGAGGCAGCAGUCUACAUCCAACGCCAAUUUGAGGACUUGAAUCGCAACAAGGAGACCAAGGAGAUUUACUCGCACUUCACCUGUGCCACUGAUACCAGUAAUAUCCAAUUUGUCUUUGAUGCGGUGACAGAUGUCAUCAUUCAGAACAAUCUCAAAUAUAUUGGCCUCUGCUAAAAAUCCUUGGGCCUCAAUCUGUUUUCCUGAGGUGACGCAAAAGGGGCUUACCACCUCCAUUUGUGGUGGAAACAAUGGGGCAGUACUUCGAAGCCCAAGGAGAGGAAGGGGGAAAGCUGAAUUAUGUUCACAGCCCCCCCCAUCCCUCAUAUCCUCGCCACAAACAUUUUUUUCAAAAAUACAUGUUUUGUAGGGUGCAAAGGCUCCAAAAAAACGUUGAGGUGUAACUGUGUGGAAAUGUUAUCACCACAAUCACCACUGGCUCAUUCUGUUUGUUUCAUUUCAUUUUCCUCAGAUGGCAGAGCUACCAUAUUCUAUGUAAGAAAUAAUAUUUCAUCCAACUGUCCUAAAAACCAUUUUACUGCGAGGAAGAUGCAGAGCUGUUGAAUGGGAGAUGGGCCUGCCUUGCAGGGUUUCUUUCUAGGAGAAAAGGCAACAGAACAGGAGAAUUUCAGUAAAGCCUUCCUUACAGCUGUACAGAAGGAACACGUAUCCACCAUACUGGCGCACACACACACACACAGUAUAUACACACACAUCAUGUAUAGAGAUGCACACAACUCGCAGCAUAUACUGUUUACACACUUCUGCUCUGCUUCAUUAUGUGUCAUGGACACCCUUCCUGUUAAAGGAAUUGUUGGUACAGAACUGUUCUAUGAUUUCUAGCCUAACCUUUAGCCCUUUCUUCAAAGCUUCAAAAUAUGCAGCAAAAGUACAUGAAUGAAAUAACUAAUUAAAACUAGGCCAAAUCAAGGUCAGUGUUUCUUCUACUGGUGAGGAAUUUUAUACAUCGAGAGUCGUCUUUACAUCUUUUUUUGCCAAAUCUUGUGGUGUUUCACAAAAACAAACAAACAAACAAAAAACCCUGAAAGUCGAAAAAAGGUUCUUUUUAACACAGAUACAUACAAAAAAAAUAAAAAAUCACAAGGUAAUUUUUUAAACUAUUGUUUUAGUGUCUGGAUUGCUGAGUGUGAAAGUUGCCAAUGGAUAAUUCUGCUCCAUUGCUCCAAAGAAAUUCUGGGAAAUAUGGUGAUAUUGUAACAGCCUUCCCAGGGAGCUGGAGCCAAUGAGACUGUGUAUUAUAUAGCCUCUAAAGUCUUUUUUGUUGUUUUUUAUUUAAAAAAUGUGAUGUAUUAUUAGAAGGUUAACAGAUGAGCGAUAUGAACAACAACUAAAUGUCUUGAUAUUUGAAUUUAAUAAUUUAAAUUAUUUGCAGUUUAGUGAAAUUAAAGAAACGGAAGAGAUGCAUUCCUCAGUUCCAGGUUUCAUCUCGUACAGAAAUACUACUGGAUAUAGUACUGUUUCAGUGAAAUUAUGGCAUAUCUGAAUGUCAGACGAGCUCUGUGGGACUAUACUGGAAAAUCUCACAUGGAUCAAAUGGGCCUAAAUCUCUGGUCAUUUGAUUCUUUCCCUCCCCCCUCCAUAGAAAAGACUUCUUACAGACUUCAGUGUAAAGUCAAUGUGUAUAUAUACAUUCAAGAAUUGUAAAGCACAUUCACACACACUAUGGAAAAUCUCCUCCCUUCCUUUGUUCCCCACAUGUACCAAGAUUAGUGUGAGAAUUCUCAGCCAAGGGCUCUAAGAAAUUUAAAAGAAAAAAAAGUUAAUUAUACCAUCAAAGUUAAAGGUUGUC